AGCAAUUCUGGCUCAAGCCAUUUUGGCUCAAGCGCGAGCAGCGCACGGACACGACAGCGCAUGGUUCGGAGUCCUAUAUCAGCGGGUAUGCCAGGUGAGCUGUCGGACAUGCCGUUGCAGCCAGGCAUCGUUAAAUUCGAGUUCGCCAUGGGCGCGCACGGUCUCGUUUGGACCCAGGGAACUACCAUUGUGGAGCGCGUGUCGUGCCAGGCCCGAUUCUUGGGCGUGCGGCCAGGCUGGAGCAUCAGCAUGGUCAACGGCAUGUCUAUCACUGACAGCGUCACGUGCUGGCAUGAGUUGCAGAAGUGCAAGAAAUCGGGCCUUAGUUACAGUGUUUAUUUUCUCAAAGACGAGGCCUCAAUCCGAGAAGAUCUGACGAAAGCGGAAGCCGAGCGCCAGAAGAGGGCGACGAAGGCCGCAAAGGAGAGGCUGGAGCAGCAGGCCAGGGCCACCGCGGCGGCGGAGCGACAGAAGCAGGCGAGGAAGCGCUUGGAGAUGCUGCGCAAGGACUUCGAGUCGGAGAUCGAAGAGGCGAGGGCGUUGGCAGAAGGGAAAAGAGCGGAGGCCAGAGAGCGCGCGCAGCAGUCAGACGAUUUCGCGCUGGAUGAGCUGAAGAGGCUGAUGGCGCAGGUCACGGCGAUCGAGACCCAGAAUGCGUGGAUUUUGGACGCUGUGGGCAAGAUCGCGGGCGCCGGGCUGACCGCCAAGUUCUGAGCCGCGCGGAUAUCGGCGGAGAUCCAAGAGACGCAGGUCACAUGGUUCAUGACUCUUGUUGAGCAGCUAUACGCGCAGAAGCCCGGCACGAUCCUGGACGAGCUACUCGACAACCUGAAGGAGACUGGGCCUGCGGGCGACGCGACGCCGUUGCAGAUCCAGCUCCUCGCAGAGGUGUGCAAGCGGCUGCGCGACAAAUACUCUGCGAGGCCACUGAAUGAGGACUUGCAGGACGAAUUGCUGGCCAUCGCCAAUUGGGUUCUGUAUACCAUGCAGGACGUCGACAUCGACAGGUUGUUUUGCUUUGAAGACGCCCCAGAACUGCCGGGGGGGCCUAGGAGAGCCCGCCCUGCGCGACGAGUUCUACAGCGAGCACAGGCAGAAAGUAGGCGGACAGCGAAAUCCACAAUUGUUCCAGGUGGCGAACUGGGCCUCCCGCGUCUGCUUUGACAGCGCUGGCGACCGGCAGGACGCCCUGGGCGGCCUGAGAGCAUGGAUCCGGCGGGCGCGUUUCUUGGGGCUCUCGGCGAAGACGCUCGAGAAGUCCACGGUUGUAACGCGCGGCCUGUGCGGCCUGCCCAGCUCCUUAGUCGAUGGCUUCAGAGCCAAGGCCGCUGGCGACCGUUUCUUCUGGGCGGCGCCCUCCAGCACGACAGUCGACGCCUCGAUCUCCGAGGCGCACUGCAACCAGCAGGCGCCCAAGGAAAACGUGCUCUUCACCAUGUCCGGCGUCGCCCACGCCUCCCCGAUGAUGGAGCUGAGCGCGUAUCCCGGGGGGCGCGAGUGGCUUCUACCUCCGUUCACCGCGCUGGAUGCGGGGCGCGUGGUGGACGGAGCCCCGCUGCAGCUGCACUGCAAGUUCGGAGGCUGCGUGCUCACCUCUGCCUUCCGCGAGGAGGUGCGGGACGACUUUAAGGCCGCCUCAAGGCGGCUGAGCAUGUGGCACGCGGAGUCGCAGCGGGAUGCAGCGGAGAUGCGCGAAGACCUGGCCAAUUUGUUGGAGUGGGCGAAGUCGACUCGGGCGAAGACCCGAAUGCGAAUCGAGAGUAAAUUGCAAGAGCCGCGUCCGGAGGAGUAUCUCCACAUCAUCAAGAAGUGGGAGGGGGGGGAGUGUCUCCUCACGGCGGAACUGGCCGAAGCUAAGGAGUGGGCGAAGUGGUUUCGGGAGAAGAAGCUGAAUUCGGCCAGACUGCGCUUCCAGCACUAUAGCGCGUCAACUGCAGAUACCGCCAGGGACGGGUACGAGGGCAGAGUAUGAGUCGUCAAUUGAGUCGUUAAAGCGUCAACUGGACAUACCUGAUAGUCUGAGGGAAGAGUAUGAGUCGUUAGAGAGGAAGAUCCAUCGCCUCGAGACGGUGACCGGGGACGAGGGGCACGGCGCUUGGUUCAACGCGUGAGGUCCCGCGCCAGCCAGACCUUUGGAACAAAAAAAGGUAGCGUCGAGCACGCGAGGCGCCCCUUUGGAUGUCUGGGUGCACGCGCCUGCGCGCCCGAUCGCUUCCGGCAGCUUGCCUGCCUUCUUGGAGACGCCCGCCCCCUCGCCAUGCCCCCGUCUUCGCGCCGCCACAUGCUGGAUUUCGUCCUUUUUGCGCAGUGCACCACGAGGGCAUCGCUCGACCCAUCAUUUUCAAGGGGCCUCGUUCGGUCCGUCUUUGUUAGCAUCCAUGGUUGCGCUUGCCCCGGGUCGGCCCCUGGCGAGCGUAGUGAACCAAAAUGGCCGUGCUGGGCCCGCCCCCAGGAGCACCCUCUCCUAGAAUCGCUGGGUCCGCUUUUCUGGACGUCGCAGUGUCGCGGGCAAAAAGGCUUCGCGCAGCAACAGGGAAAAGGUAUCGCGAGGGC